CUCGUGUCCGUGUUGUUGCUCUGCAGAGAUUCAGCUUCUCGUGGUCUCUUCUCGGUUAUUUCCUGCGUGGUGUGGAGAUAUAUUCACGUUUUUGUUUCGUUGUGAGAACUUUUAAAAAUGUUUGCAGUUGAAGUCCGUGCGGCGCAGCUCUCGGCCGUAGAGAACCCGGUGAAGAUGUCCAAAAACCCGGCAGCAGGUGUGAGGAGAGCCGCUCUGGGUGAGAUCACCAACGUCCCUGCAGCUGCGGUCAACACGAAGAAAACAGGACGAGCCAAACCAUCAUGUGCCCAGAAAGUCAAACCCACAUUGGUCCAGGUGGUUCCUCCACUGGUCCAGGUACCGGCUCCUGCAGACCCCCUCCCCUCAGUCUCAGAGGAGUCGGCUGACGUGUCCAUGAAGGAGGAGGCGGAGCUGUGUCAGGCGUUCUCUGAGGCGCUGCUCGCCGUGCAGGACGUGGACGAGCUGGACGCAGACCAGCCCCAGCUCUGCUCUGAAUACGUUAAAGAUAUCUACAAGUAUCUGCAAGUCCUGGAGGUGGAGCAGGCUGUACGGGCGAACUACAUGCAGGGUUAUGAGAUCACUGAACGUAUGCGCGCUCUGCUGGUGGACUGGCUGGUCCAGGUUCACUCCAGGUUCCAGCUGCUGCAGGAGACUCUGUACCUCACGGUGGCUGUCCUGGACCGUUUCCUGCAGGUCCAGCCGGUCUCUCGCAGGAAGCUGCAGCUGGCCGGUGUGACCGCCAUGCUGGUGGCGUGUAAGUACGAGGAGAUGUACGCUCCGGAGGUGGGAGACUUCGCCUACAUCACCGACAAUGCCUACAAGUCUCAGAUUCUGGAGAUGGAGCAGCUGGUUCUGAGGAGCCUGAACUUUGAGCUCGGUCGUCCUCUUCCUCUGCACUUCCUCAGACGGGCGUCCAAAGUGGGCAGCUCUGAUGUAGAGCGCCACACGCUGGCCAAAUACCUGAUGGAGCUGACCCUCAUCGACUACGACAUGGUCCACUACAGACCGUCUGAGGUGGCGGCCGCCGCCCUGUGUCUCUCCCAGCUGCUGCUCGACGGCGUGCCCUGGUCGGCCACGCAGCAGCAUUACUCCACGUAUGACGAGGCUCACCUGAAGCCCGUCAUGCAGCACAUCGCCAAGAACAUCGUGACGGUGAACGACGGGAAGACGAAGUUCCAGGCGGUGAAGAACAAAUACUCGAGCAGCAAACUGAUGAAGAUCAGCCUCCUCCCUCAGCUCAAGUCGUCCAUCGUCACCAACAUGGCGGCCGCUGCGCUCAAACCCUGAACUGACCUCUUUAAUGAGGACGAUUUUUACUCGCACUUUAUUCAAGCUCGACCGUCCUGAGGAGAAGCUUCACUACUUUUAAUAAAAUGUUUUUAUCUUCUCUCUGCCGAGCGUUCAGAGAUGUUUGCACUUAUCGUUCUUUUUAAAAGUCUUUGUGGUACAACUUUUUAAUUUUACAUCAGGAGCACUUUAAGGUUUCAGCGGGCUGUCACUCUUUCUCGGAGCCGUCGUGCCUCUGGACCGUAACCACGUGUUUCAUAACGUGGAGCUUUAGAUCUGUUCUACCUCUGUGUGAAUCAAAGUGCCUUUUCAUGUUGAUGCAUCAUGCUCAUAAACUGUAAUUUGUCAAUAAACAGUUUGACGUCA